AAAGGGAAACAAAAAAUCAGAGAGAGAGGGGAUUGCCGCCGAAGAGAGAAGAAAAAAAAAACCAAGAAUAAUGGAGGAUGUUGAUUGGGAAAUUUCUUCGGGAGAAGUGAGUGAUACAGAGGCCUCUUUGCAAGAUAUAAUUUAUGAUGAUGAUGAUGAGGAACAUCACUCCAAAUCUUGGUUCUCAUCGAAGUUGCAAUUUAGGAAAGAUAAAUCCAAGGCCCAUUGGAUUGACAAAAUCAAAAUGGCUGAGGUUGUAGAAAACAAGGGUAAAAUGUGGAGGACAAUGGGGAUAGUUCGUACCGGCAAGAUUUAUUACUCAAUUGAGGAAACUUUGUUUUUGAUGGAAAUAGGGGCAUUGCUUCUCUUGGAUGACAAUGAUACAAGUCUUUCAUUAAAAGAUAUAUACGCCAAAGUUUCUGGAGGCUCUUGGGAGCUAUUUGAGGUUUAUAGGCACCUGAAAUCCCUUGGUUACAUUGUCGGGCAGCACGGUAUCUCUUGGUCCAUGAAGGGUGCUAAGAGUAAUUCUCAAUCUGUUUCUUUUCAAGGCUCUUCCCAAAGCAGUGAAGUAGUUGAUGCGGAAUCAAAAGACGAUAUGUCCAUCAUUGGACCAUUUAAUGAUAUGCAUAUUAGAGAAGCGAGGCCAGUUUUUGAUGUCUUUCUCCCAAACAGCAAGUUUAGAAAGUCUUCUCCUGGCAAGCCAAGCUUUGUUCUUUGCUUAACUAGGGGUGAUGUGCCAUCCCUAGCAGAUGUUGAAGUUCUUGAGAGGCAAUGUGGAGGCAUUCCUUUGCUGUUUUGUCAUGUAGAGUAUGGCCAGGUCAGUUUCUUUUCCUUCGAUGAGGUGGAGCUCCCUAUCCUACCUUGACUCUCCGGAUUGGACGCUUGCAGUUCUAUAUUUUCAGGAUUAAAUGCUACAUCAGAAAUAUAUAGGAAAAGGACCCUCUCAACUUAUCCGUUUUAUAGUUAUAAUUUAUAGUUGGCACAACUAACAAUAUUCCUAGGGUAAUGCCAAGUACCAUUAUUUUUUCUU